CAACACACACAAGUCCUCCUCACCUCCUCUCCCUUCCCACACACACCCACACACAAACCGACCAAUCGAUACAAACUUUUCUAUAUCUAUAUAUCUAUAUAUAUCUAUAUCUCCGUCGCCCUGGAUCGGCCGUCGUACGAUGCCGAUCAACCACCGGAGCUAGAUCCACUCCGAUCAGAUCUGAUCUAACCUCUUUUUUCGCACAAUCAUUUUCUAUGUCCGUACACAUUAUGUCAUGUAAAUUGUUCAAUGCGAUAAUUACAUGCUUGUAUUUAGGUCUUUAAUUAAUUUUUAAUAGAAAUUUCAAUAAAAUGAUGAUAAGUUAAUAAUUUUGUAUGUGUGUGAUUUUUAUAAUCUAGGGUUUGUAAAUAAUUAUAUAGUAAAAAAUCAAUAAUAAUUAGGUAAAUAAUUUGGGGCUUUUUGUGUAGUGUAUGAAGAUUUGGUGUUGUUUAUGGUUUUUUGGUGAAGAAAAAGAAAAUUAUAAGAAAAUGAGUGAGAGAGAAAGGGAGGAAGAUAUUUUGGGCAUUUUUGUAGAUGAUGUUAAAUCUGAAGAAAUUAUAGGAAAUAAUAAUCAUAAUAAUACUACUAAUGAUGAUGAUAAUGAUGAAGAUGAUGAUUAUUAUGAUGAUAUUGAGAAUGAAAGAUUAGAGGCGUUUGGGUUGGAGUUAGGUGAAGGUACUUCUUCUAGAAGCGGUGGUGAUAAUAAAGAGGCUGUUGAUUUGAAUUUGAGUUUGGGAGGUGAGGCGUCGUCUUCGUCAGCUGUGAAUGUUGUCGAGAGAGACGGUUUAGAUCGUAGUAAACGGCCUAAAGUUCAUUCCUUUACACUGGAUUAUGAUAGCUUUAUUCUCUCUGCUUCUUUUGAAGAAAGUAGGCCCUUUAGUCUAUCUGAUAAAGAGCAAGAGAGAAUGCAUAAUAGUUUAGUUCCCUACGCUGAUGAUGAAGUGAUGGAAGAUGAAGAUGUAUUGCCAGAGAUGGAUGAUCAAGAAAUUCGGAUGGAUCUUACCGACGACUUGUUGCAUAUGGUUUUUUCUUUCUUGGACCACAUUAAUUUAUGUAGAGCAGCUAAGGUUUGCAGGCAGUGGCGCUUAGCUAGUGCACAUGAAGAUUUUUGGAGGUUCUUGAAUUUUGAAAACCGGAACAUAACUCCACAGCAAUUUGAAGAUAUGUGUCACCGAUAUCCAAAUGCAACUCAAGUAAACAUUAAUGGGUCGCCGGCUAUUCAUACACUUGUGAUGCAAGCGAUUUCUUCCUUAAGGAACCUUGAGUUCUUAACUUUGGGCAAAGGGCAGUUAGGGGAGACAUUUUUCCAGGCUUUAACCAAUUGCACUAUGUUAAGGAGUUUGAUUGUGACUGAUGCUAUCCUUGGUAAUGGUAUUCAGGAGAUACCCAUACACCAUGAUAGUUUGCGGCACAUUCAAGUUGUGAAAUGUCGUGUGGUCCGCAUUUCUGUCAGGUGUCCCCAACUCCGGACCUUGUCUUUGAAGCGAAGCAGCAUGGCACAUGCAGUACUGAACUGCCCUCUUUUGCGUGAUCUUGAUAUAGCAUCUUGUCAUAAGCUUCUAGAUGCCGCAAUUCGCUCAGCAGUGACAUCAUGUCCUCUCUUGGAGUCUUUGGACAUGUCAAAUUGUUCUUGUGUCAGUGAUGAAACUCUACGUGAACUUUCCUUGACUUGUGGCAACCUCCAUAUUCUAAAUGCAUCAUAUUGUCCAAACAUUUCCCUUGAGUCUGUAAGGUUGCCAAUGCUGACGGUUCUCAAGCUUCAUAGCUGUGAAGGCAUAACUUCUGCUUCCAUGGCUGCCAUAUCUCAUAGCUAUAUGUUGGAGGUUUUGGAGCUUGAUAAUUGCAGUUUAUUGACAUCAGUCUUCUUGGAUCUUCCUCGCUUGCAAAAUAUCAGACUCGUACAUUGUCGCAAAUUUGUGGACUUGAGUUUAAGAAGUAUGGGGUUAUCAUCUAUUAAAGUCUCUAAUUGUCCUUCACUCCAACGGAUCAACAUUGUAUCAAACUCACUUCAAAAACUAGUUUUGCACAAACAGGAGAGCUUAACUUCCUUAGAGCUGCAAUGUCAGUCUCUACAAGAAGUUGACCUCACAGACUGUGAAUCAUUGACAAAUUCAAUCUGUGAAGUAUUUAGUGAUGGAAGCGGAUGCCCCAUGCUCAAAUCUCUGAUUCUUGAUAACUGCGAGAGCUUGACAGCAGUGGAGUUCUCUAGCAAUUCUUUAACUAGUCUUUCCCUUGCUGGUUGUCGUGCUAUUACUUCACUGGAACUAACUUGCCCAUAUCUUGAGCAAGUGUCUUUGGAUGGAUGCGAUCAUCUUGAACGAGCAACCUUCAGUCCCGUUGGCCUGAAUUCUCUUAAUUUGGGAAUCUGUCCAAAACUGAAUACACUGAAGAUUGAAGCACCGACUAUGGUGUUACUCGAACUGAAAGGGUGUGGUGUCUUAUCAGAAGCAUCUAUAAAUUGCCCACUGCUAACAUCUCUGGAUGCUUCCUUUUGCAGCCAAUUGAAGGACGACUGCUUAUCUGCAACUACUGCUUUGUGUCCCCUUAUUGAAUCACUAAUUUUGAUGUCAUGCCCAUCUGUUGGCUCGGAUGGACUCAUAUCACUACGAUGCCUUCCUAAUUUGACAUCGCUGGAUCUUUCUUACACCUUCUUAACCAACUUGCAGCCUGUAUUUGAUUCCUGUUUGCAGUUAAAGGUUUUGAAAUUGCAAGCAUGCAAAUAUCUCACCGAUUCAUCGCUUGAACCUCUUUACAAAGAUGGUGCUCUCCCUACUCUCCGUGAGUUGGAUUUGUCAUAUGGAAGUUUGUGUCAGGCCUCUAUAGAGGAGCUUCUUGCUUGCUGCACACAUUUAACUCAUGUAAGUUUGAAUGGGUGUGUGAAUAUGCACGAUCUAAAUUGGAGUUUUAGUGUUGAUCGUCUCUAUCGAUCUACCGGAGGUGAUCCACCGUUGCAGACUGAGCAGCCUCAACGUUUUCUACAGAAUCUCAAUUGUGUUGGCUGUCCAAAUAUUAAGAAAGUACUCAUCCCCUCAGUGGCUCGCUUUUCCCAUCUGUCAUCAUUAAACAUUUCGCUGUCUGCAAACCUGAAAGAAGUUGACGUGACUUGUUUGAACUUGUGCUUUCUUAAUCUAAGCAAUUGCAGCUCGUUGGAAAUCUUGAAGCUCGUCUGUCCUAGAUUAACUAGCCUCUUUCUUCAGUCUUGCAAUAUUAGUGAAGAAGCGGUCGAAUCAGCCAUUGCACUAUGUAACAUGCUCGAGACUCUAGAUGUUCGCUUUUGCCAAAAGAUAAAUCCAUCAAGCAUGGGAAGAUUACGUACCGCCUGCCCCAGCUUGAAACGUAUAUUCAGCAGCCUGGUGCCAAUUUGAUUCGUUUCCUACAUAUCUGGAAGGAUUUUCUAUCAGCUUAUCACAAAUGUUCUAGGUGUUGUCACCAUCCUGCCGUUGUGGAAUUGUUUGUUUCAACUCGACUUUCCUUAAUUCAAGGGUGUAUAAAAGCUUUGAUAUGAAGCAUAUACCUAGAGUCUUGUUAUAACUAAUAAACUGUAUUUGUGUUGAUCA